GUUAGAGCGUGGCGUUGAACGCUACGGCACACGAUUGACGAUAAAAUCUCAGUUUGUGCCAUUUUCUUCGUGAUAAUCAAACUUGUUGAGUUUCAACGGAAAUAUUACACAAAAUGUUAGAGAAUCAAAAUACAGACGCUGAAAAUCAAAAAGCGAACGAUGAUCCUUUAACGAGGGCCAUUGGCGCUAUCGGGAAAUGGCAGAUAUGGGUGUGUUUCGUCGUAUUCUUGGUGAAGUUCCCGGUGGCCUGGCACCAAAUGAGCAUCAUAUUUCUUGCACCUCCGAUGAACUUCACAUGCCAGGUGGAAGAAAUAAACACCACCAGCUUUGACAAUGUUUGCCAUGCCAACUGUACACAUUACGAAUACGAUCGAAGUACUUUCCAAGAAACGAUAGUAUCGCGAUGGGAUUUAGUAUGCGACAGAGAAUGGCUGAAGAAUUUAACGCAAACAGUUUUCAUGUUGGGCAUCCUCGUCGGAAAUAUGGUCUUCGGUCAUUUAUCCGAUAGGUACGGGCGACGCGUGCCUUUCCUUGCUGCUGUUUUCCUUCAACUUAUAUCUGGAGUUACAACAUCUUAUUCAGUCAACUGGUACAUGUUCACAACAUUGCGAUUUUUGCUAGCUGUGGCUACUGGAGGCACUAUGGUGACCAGUUUUGUUCUGACCAUGGAGUUGAUUGGGGCAAAAUAUAGAGAAACUGUUGGGAUUAUCUAUCAAAUACCGUUUAAUUUGGGACACCUGACAUUGCCGCUAUUCGGAUACUUCAUUCGUGACUGGCAUCACUUCCAGCUGGCUAUAUCUCUACCGUCAAUUCUAUUCCUGAGUUAUUACUUCUUAUUACCAGAAUCGCCAAGAUGGCUUUUGACUGCAGGAAGAACUGACGAAGCUGUAAAAAUUAUGGAAAAUGCGGCUAAAAGAAACGGCAGGCCAACAGAGAAUAUCGCUUCAUCCACUCAGAAGAUGGUAGUGGAAGUCAGCAAUAAGCAAGAAGAACACGCAUCUUUCUUGGCGUUGUUUCGAACACCCCGUCUGCGCGCACGCACCAUCGCCAUCUGCUUUAAUUGGUUCGUUUGUGGCCUGUGCUUCUUCGGGGUGUCACAGUACAUCGGUCAUGUCUCUGGGAACAUAUUCACAAACGUCGCCAUUUCAGCUGCUAUACAGGUUCCUGGAACCCUGAUUUCCAUCUAUGCCAAUCGAGCACUUGGUCGCAAGAUCACAUUGAUCAGCUCUAACUGCAUCACUGGCAUCAGCUGUCUUCUAAUCAUUGUAAUCCCGCACUCAGGAGCAAGUCACUUAACACUUGGAUGCCUUGGACUGUGGGGAAUGAGUAUAUCUUUCGCGACUGUAUAUUUAUACGCUGGAGAAUUAUUCCCAACGGUCGUAAGAAACUCAGGAGUGGGAUUAUCAUCAACAAUAGCUAGAAUAGGAUCUAUGGUAGCUCCUUUCGUUGCAACGCUGUCACGCACAAGCCCGUGGUUACCGCCUUUAGCCUUCGGAAUAGUACCUCUUAUUGGUGCAGGACUUUGUGUCAUACUCCCUGAUACACGCGGCAAAAAGCUACCCGACACUUUAGAGGAAGGAGAGGAAAAAAUGUGAAAUAGCUAGUUGAAGUUACAUAGAGGCUAAUUGAUUAAUAUUAUCUCAAAGUAUUCCUUGUGUUCCUGUGUUCUCAAUUGAUAUUAGGUAGAACAAACAUUGUGUGAGUUUUGCCUACUGGAACGUAUUAUGCAUCGUAUACCAGUAAUGAUUUUCGUAGCUCUUAUAAAAUACAGAGAACAAAACUAUUUGUAUACGUUUUUUGUAUAUUUUAAUGAAUGUAAAGACUUUUGAUGAUAUGGAUAUGUGUAUAGGCUGUGAUAAUUUACAUUUAAUAUAA